UGACGUUAAGCAUGUGCCAGAGAAACAUGGUGCAUCCCUAAGGGCAGGUGCUUCCCCUGGUCUCUCCCUCCUACUGUUUAAGCACUGGAAGGUGGAGGUGGCAGGGAGCCUGCUGGGCAUGUCUAGCAGCGCCCUCCCAGGUGCAAGCCAUGGCAUCUCCAGGUGGAGGGUCUCAGCCUGCUAGCCUGAGAAAGGUCCCCUACUUGAGAGCCUACAGAGCUGCUGUCAGUCGCAAUAAGCAAUCUCAGCUCCAUUUCGGCAGACAUUAAAUGGGCGAGUGGGCACAUGUCCCUGGAACGGGGCUCGCGUGAUUCCAUUUGCUCGGUGAUGUUCACGGGGAUGGACUUUUCUCAUCUUAUAUAGCAGCUGCUUUGGAGAUGCCUCCUUUUCAGGAAGGGAUGGGGCAUUACAGUCCUUGUGGUUCCUUGUGGCACCUUUGUAAGGUUAUUCAGCAGAUGUGUAUAUGGAUGGAGGGCUGUGUUGCCACUAACACACCAGCUUGUAUGCAUCAGCCUUCUCUUGCCGGUCACUCUCCAGAUGUAUAGGACUGGAAUGCCCACCAUUCCUAAGCAGUGACCAUGUGGUUGGGAAUGCUGGGAGUUGCGACCCAACACAUCUGCAGGAGACCACAUUGGGGAAAUGGUGUUUGCUUGCGUAUAAGUGACACUCAGUUCAGCGGGCCUCACCCCAAAGAAAUGUGCACCGGAUUUCAGCUUAGCCAAGCUUAUUGAGCGGUAAAUCCCAUUGCAUUUAAAAGGGCUUCCUCUCUGGGAAAUUGACAUAGGAUUGGAUAACUGCCUCUCUGACUGAUAUAAUCAAAAGUCUUGUCAUGGGAUGCAAAUUAGGGAUAGACAAAUAAAUAAAUAAAUUGCCCCUUUGUGCAGAGUGAGCACCAAAUACACAUCACGGCUGGCAACAUUGUCCUAAGAGCACUCCUCCAUGUUCUGCUCAAAUAUUGCUAUUCAGAGUGUAAGAAAUUAUUUUUCUUUUUUGGUCCUGGGGAUUUAUCGUGUCCUGGGAUGAGGGGGUUGGGGGCUGGUUUGGCCAUGUAAGAGGGCCCUAAGACAGAUAUUUUUUUCCUGGAAAGUGCCUUAAUGUGUCUGUUGUGAGAAAGACUGGCUGCUAAUCUGGGAUACCUCACUUGGGGAAGCGGCAGUGAUAGGAUUAAUUGGACCUUGUGUCAGUAUGAAGAAAUCGCUAGAACCUUACCUAUAAUUGCCAUGAGGAUGACCCUUCUCCCCAGAGGAGGGUGCUAUGGCAGCCCUUCUCAUCAGGAAACUUUGUUCUGUUUCCUUUUCCCACAUCAACAUGUCUGCAUCUGCCACUGCCCGGGUUAUUCCUGCUCCUCCCUCUGCUGCCGCAGAGACACCCUGCUUUUAGGUCUGGGAGGGGCUCUACUUUCUGUCAUGGGAUCACCCCCCUCCCUCCAACCCCCCUUCUUUGGGUGCUGAGCCCGCAGGGUGAUGCUUUUGAUCUUCAACCUUGCUUUCAUCUGGUGCCAGUGGAGUGGGGGCAGGCAGGGAAUUUCCCCCUGGAAACACAGCCACCCAGGUGCACCAAUCUCCCUCCGGCGGUGGAGCUCGGCUGGAUGGCCACAAGGGUUCUGCACAGCCCUGCAUAUGUGUAGGAGAGGAUGCGUUUGCCCCAGCUCUGGGGAUGGGGGAGUGGGACCCAUAAGGAGAGAAAGAAUUUGGGACUUCUAGGAUCCAGUUGCCCUCUCCCUGCUGGUAACAUUUAUGGGAAGGACAGUUUUAUAAUAACAUGGUGUGUGUGUGCGUGUGCGUGUGCGUGUGUGUAACUGGUACAGUGAGGGGAUGCCUCAUCGGUUCUUGUGUUGCACAGACUCUCUACACACAUGCCCCACCCCUGGUUCACAAGCCUCUCCCACUUUCAGAGCUCUCUCAUUCUGUGUUUAGGCAAAGAAAUGUUGAUCUGAGACCCAGUGCAAUUUCCUGCUGGGCCAGACUGUUGUAAUAAGAUAAGUACUGUUGUGGUGGACAGGUAUAAUUCUACCGAAGAAGUGAUCAGAUGUCAAGUUGCACAAUAUUAUUCUUUUUCCCCAUUGUUCACUGCUGUCAGCUCCUGAUCUGUAAAGUGAUUAGUCUCUCCCAUCUUCCCUUUCUGUGUCUUUGCUUCCAAAGUCAAGCUUCCUUUUUACUUCCUGUGUCCUCUGAUAGGACCUUUGGCCAUGACUUCCUAGGGCCAAAGGUACUGGCUGAACCAGUCCUUAAUCCCAACACGGUGUGCAUGACCCUCCCUUGGCUGAGCCGGCGCCAGCUUGGCCUCUGCAGGAGAAGCCCAGAAGCAAUGGCCUCAGCUCUCCAGGGCAUCCUCCUUGCCAUCCACGAGUGCCAGGACCAGCUGCAGGAGAGGCGUUGGGAUUGCUCCGACCUGAGCAGUGGUGGCACCGUGCUUCUCAACAGUGCCAUUCUGAAGAGAGGCUUCCGGGAAAGUGCCUUUGCCUUCUCCUUGCUGGCAGCUGGGGUGACUCAUGCCGUGGCCACAGCUUGUAGCCUGGGGGAACUGCAGAGCUGUGGCUGUGCCGGGCAAGGCAGUGAGAACCAGAAGCUGAAGCUCAACCAGCUGCAGACACUAAGCCGGGGCAAGGGCCUGCCCCCUGUGCCAUCCUCGCUGUGGGGGGAGCCUGGUCCCCAGGACACCUGGGAGUGGGGGGGAUGCAGUGCGGACUUUGACUAUGCCCAGAGAUUUACCCGGCACUUCUUGGACCCUCGAGGGAAACCACGUGAUGCUCAUGCAAGGAUGCAGCUACACAGCCAUCGUGUUGGCAGGAAGGCCGUGUCAGAGCUGGGCCAGCGAAGGUGCAAAUGCCACGGCCCUUCAGGGAGUUGCCAGUUCCGGACUUGUUGGUUGGCAGUGCCCGACUUCCGGCAUGUGGGCUCCAAUCUGAGGGAGCGCAUGGACCAGGCCAUACUCCUGCGGCCACACAAUAGCAACUCAGGAGCCUUCCGGCCACGGCUGCACCGCUCCCACCUAGCCAAGCACCUCAUCUUCUAUGAACCCUCACCUGAUUUCUGUGAGCCCGAUCCAAGUCUGGGAUCCUCAGGCACCCAUGGCCGUCCAUGCGUCAAGGGCAGUGCACGCCCAAGUGGCUGCAGCAGCCUGUGCUGCGGGCGCGGCCACAACGUCCUGCAGAAGGUGCAUGCCCAGCGUUGCCACUGCCGCUUCCACUGGUGCUGCCACGUGCAGUGUGAAGAGUGCCCUGCCACAGAGUGGGUGAGCAUCUGCAAGUGA